CUCUGUUGUGUGAUUUCCUGUUUCCGCAACAUCUUGUCAAUCCUUUACACCAUCUCCUUCUCUGACAGCCUCGAGCAGGUCUCCCAAUCAGCAUCAUUCAUUAGCUGAAAGACCCUUUGUCGACGAGACAAGGACCACUCAUUUUUGUCCAACCAACACCGUCCCUGUGACUCGACUAUCCCUCACCUUCUACAGGUACAUCACAAUCAAAAUGCAAUUCAAGAACGUCGUCGCUGGCGCAGCCGUGCUGCUUGCCUCUGCCCCCGCCGUCAUGGCAGUGGGAUCUGCUACCGUCGUCAACAACUGCGGGUACCCUAUCUACUAUGCGGCUGUUGGAGGCAGCUCCAACCCGAGCAUGCAACCGCUUGAGGGAAGCUACAGCCAGUCCUACAGCGAAGAAGGCGUCGGCAUCUCUAUCAAGCUUGCUCCCAACGCUACCACGUCUGGACCGGUCUCCCAGUUCGAGUUCACCUGGGCCAAUGGCAAGAUCUCGUACGAUCUCUCCAACAUCAACGGCUACCCCUUCUCUGCUGGUGGCAUGGAGAUCGUUCCAUCGAUGCAGAACGACCCGAACAACCCAACCUGUGUCGUUGUUGACUGCCCGGCGGGCCAGUCUGUUUGCACUGCCGCUUACAAUGCCCCUGAUGACACUCGCACCAUGGUCUGCGACCAAGACUCCAACCUCGUCUUGACCAUGUGCCCCGGCGGAUCGAGCAAGCGCAGCGUCGCCCUCAGCGAAGGACACGUCCAUUACCGCGUCCAUGCUCGCCACUUGCCUAAGAAGGCAUAGACGUCAGCUGACGACCAACGUCGGACAAUCCAAAGCCAGCACCGUAUUGCCACUUGUAUAGUUUUCCAAGACUUUUUGCGCAGCUAGCUCUGCCGCCUCUCUUCCGACUUUAUACUGCCUGCAAAUACGCUCCUUUACGGUAUUAUCCAUGAGUCGACACAUGGACAUAUCAACACCCCUGCAGGUUUAGUACCCGAUCUCGACGAUCAUCAUCAUCCUUCUUCAUCACUUCAUUUUUCGUCCCGGCGACAGGUCUCCCGUGGGAUAUUGGAAAACAACAAUGGCAAUAUGCCUGGCUACGAAGCAACAAGCAAACAAAUUCACGAACAUGCGAAUCACGUCAUGACAUGGCUGAUGAUCAGCAGCGGCGGCGAUGGUGGACAAUGGUGGCUGGCGUUGCAAACUUUUCCUUUUUUUUUGGAUAUUUUGGGCAAUAGUCUUCCUGACUGGCUCGCGGUAUUAUCGACAUGGCUUUGAGGUUCCUUGAUCGGACAUAUAUCUGUACCCAAGCAGUGAUGUCAUGGUCGGACUCAUCGCAUGUGCAGAUGGUGGGAGGAAAAAAACUAUUGUUAUAGAACAUGGAUAUGUCCCGGCGGAGAGUCGAAGGAGUCGAGCGAUGGUCUCAGGACGUCGCGCUCUGCGAGACAUCUACAAAGGGUGUAUUACAUGAAUGUUAAUAGACUUCGCUUCUUGGAUACCAUAUACAUAGGGACACAACACAUUGGCACAUCAGCAAUGCCUUG